AUGACGACACCACUGAGCGCCUCCGCCAUCCGGGAGAAGUUCAUCGACUUCUUCAAGCAGAAUGCGCACACUUAUGUGCACUCCUCGGCCGUUGUCCCCCUGGAUGACCCCACCCUGCUCUUCGCCAACGCCGGCAUGAACCAGUUCAAGCCAAUCUUCCUGAAUACCAUCGACCCAUCUCACCCCAUGGCCAAGCUGAACCGAGCAGCCAACACGCAGAAGUGUAUCCGAGCUGGUGGGAAGCACAAUGACCUGGACGAUGUAGGGAAGGAUGUCUACCAUCACACUUUCUUCGAGAUGUUGGGCUCCUGGUCCUUCGGUGACUACUUUAAGGAGCUGGCAUGUAAAAUGGCACUGGACCUUCUCACUAAGGAGUUCGGCAUUGACAUUGACCGCCUGUAUGUCACUUAUUUUGGGGGCAAUGAGGCUGCUGGCCUUGAACCUGACCUGGAGUGUAAACAGAUCUGGUUUAACCUGGGCCUGCCAGAGGAGCGAAUAUUGCCAGGCAGCAUGAAGGACAACUUCUGGGAGAUGGGAGAUACCGGCCCCUGUGGACCUUGUAGUGAGAUGCACUUUGACCGCAUUGGUGGCCGGGAUGCAGCCCACUUGGUGAACAUGGAUGACCCCAAUGUGCUGGAAAUUUGGAAUCUUGUGUUCAUCCAGUUUAACAGGGAGAGUGACGGAAGCCUGAAACCUCUGCCCAAGAAAAGCAUUGAUACCGGCAUGGGGCUGGAGAGACUGGUGUCUGUACUGCAGAACAAAAUGUCCAAUUAUGACACUGACCUCUUCAUCCCAUACUUUGAGGCCAUCCAGAAGGGCACUGGAGCCCGCCCUUAUUCUGGAAAGGUGGGUGUUGAGGAUGAAGAUGGCAUAGACAUGGCGUACAGAGUGCUCGCUGACCAUGCCAGAACAAUCACCGUGGCACUGGCUGAUGGUGGACGACCGGACAACACUGGACGCGGUUAUGUCCUGCGUCGUAUCCUCCGCCGUGCUGUCCGCUAUGCCCAUGAAAAACUCAAUGCUUCUAAAGGAUUCUUUGCUACUCUGGUUGAUGUGGUUGUCCAAUCACUGGGAGUUGCUUUCCCUGAGCUCAGGAAAGACCCCGAUAUGGUAAAGGAUAUCAUAAAUGAGGAGGAGACGCAAUUUCUGAAAACACUGAACAGAGGGCGCCGCAUCCUGGACAGGAAGAUCCAGAGCUUAGGAGAAAAUAAGGUCAUCCCAGGUGACACAGCAUGGCUUCUGUAUGACACAUAUGGUUUCCCAGUGGAUCUGACGGGUCUGAUAGCAGAAGAGCGUGGUCUGAAGGUGGAUAUGGAGAGCUUUGAAGAUGAGAGGAAAGCUGCUCAGCUGAAGUCUCAGGGGAAGGGGGCUGGAGAUGAGGAUCUUCUAAUGCUGGACAUUUACGCCAUUGAGGAGCUGCACUCCCGGGGCUUGGAGCCCACCGACGAUUCCCUGAAAUACAAUUACAGUUCUAGUUCUGAGGGUGUCUAUGAUUUUGGAAGUGUGGUGGGCACAGUGAAGGCGAUCCGCAGAGAAAAGACCUUUGUGGACGAGGUCAGCACAGGACAGGAGUGCGGCGUUGUCCUGGACAAGACCUGCUUCUAUGCAGAACAAGGUGGACAGACAUAUGAUGAAGGAUAUAUGGUCCGGGAGGAUGAUUCCAGUGAAGAUAAAACAGAGUUCACCGUCAGGAAUACACAAGUACGAGGUGGUUAUGUCCUCCAUAUAGGGACUGUGUACGGCACCCUAAAAGUUGGGGAUUGCGUGCACCUCUACAUUGAUGAACCAAGAAGACGCCCAAUCAUGAGCAACCACACAGCCACCCACAUUCUGAACUUCGCCUUGCGAUCUGUACUUGGAGAGGCCGACCAGAGGGGAUCCCUAGUUGCCCCAGACAGGCUGAGGUUCGAUUUUACAGCUAAAGGUGCCCUGACCACUCGGGAAAUCCACCAAGCUGAAGAGAUUGCAGAAAAACUGAUCCGGGAAAACAAGACGGUCUAUGCCUUGGAUUGCCCACUGGCAGCUGCUAAAGCCAUUCAAGGUCUGCGUGCUGUGUUUGAUGAGACCUAUCCUGAUCCUGUCCGUGUGGUGUCUGUGGGAAUUCCUGUGGAGGACCUCCUGGCUGACCCCUCAGGUCCAGCCGGCUCAGUCGCAUCAGUGGAGUUCUGUGGAGGAACACACCUCCGGAACUCUGGCCAUGCUGGAACAUUUGUCAUUGUCACUGAAGAAGCCAUAGCUAAAGGAAUCCGCAGGAUAGUGGCAGUUACUGGGGCUGAGGCACAGAAGGCUGUGCGCAGACAGGAGGCCCUGAAAGCUGCACUUAGCCAGCUGGAGGCCAAGGUGAAACAGCAGACGUCACCCAACAAGGAUGUACAGAAGGAAAUCGCAGAUCUCAGCGAGACUCUGGCCACUGCUGUCAUCUCUCAGUGGCAGAAGGAUGAGCUCCGGGAACAUCUGAAAGCCUUGAAAAAAAACCAUGGAUGACCUUGACCGUGCCAGUAAAGCAGAUAUCCAGAAACGGGUUUUGGAGAAGACAAAACAGUUGAUAGAAGAGAACCCCAACCAACCGCUUCUCAUCCUGGAGAUGGAAAGCGGAGCAUCCGCCAAGGCGCUAAAUGAAUCUCUGAAACUGCUGAAGUCUCAGUCUCCCAAGACUGCCGCCAUAAUUUUCAGUUUGGAUAAUGAUGCUGGGAAGAUCACCUGCCUCUGCCAGGUUCCUCAGGAAACCGCUGACAAAGGUCUGAAGGCCAACGAAUGGGUGGCACAAGUGUCUGAGCUGAUAGAUGGGAAGGGAGGUGGAAAAGACACCUCUGCCCAGGCCACGGGGAGGAAUACCUCUUGUCUGUCUGAGGUGCUCAGACUGGCUGAAGAUUUUGCCAAACUAAAACUAGAGUCUGUGAAGAACUGA